AUGUACACCCCAAGGGGAGAUACCCUCAGCAGCAGCAGCAGCAGCAGCAGCAGCAGCAGCAUUAUCGGCAGCAGCUUCAUGAUGGACAGCAGCAUCAGCAGCAGCAGCAGCAGCAUCAGCAGCAGCAGCAGCAGCAGCAGCAGCAGCAGCAGCAACAUAAAAGCACUGGAGCAGCAGCUGCAGCUGCUGGCUUCUUUGCUUGAGGAGGUGACGCAGGAGACAGCAGCAGAAGCAGAGGCCUUGCUGCAGCAGCAGCAGCAGCAGCAGCAGCAGCAGCAGCAGGAAGAAGAGAAGGAAAGAGCACCUCCCUAUACGAGGAAGCCCCCCUACAGCAGCAGCAGCAGCAAUAGCAGCAGCAGCAGCAACAGCAGCAGCAGCAGCAGCAACAGCAGCAGCAGUAGCAGCAGCAGCAGCAGCAGCAGCAGCAGCAGCAGCAGCAAGGUAAUCUUAGAAUUAGAGAAGGAAGUAGCAGCAGCAGCAGCAAUGGCUGCAGCAGCAAUGGUUGAGGAUCCUGCUGCUGCUGCUGAAGACUCCAUACAGCCGACAGACAAAAACACAGCAGCAGCAGCAGCUGCUGCUGCUGCUGCUGCUGCUGCAGCAAAUAACAGCAGCAGCAACAGCAGCAGCUGCAGCAGAGCCCUUCAUGUGCAGCAGCUGCAGCAGCUAUAG